AUGAUUUGUCCGAUUCAUCCUGGCAAAAAAAUAAAUGUGAUAUGUAUAGAACCUCAUGGAUGUUAAAAAAAACUAUGUAGUGAAUGUUAGUACUACCAUGGAGGAGAUACGAAAUAAUAUCUCCCUUUCUAAAGAGUCCUUAAUAAAUUAAAACUCAAAAGUGAAGAAUUUCAACUUUAUAAAUAAUAAUUGAAAGAAAAAUUCACAUUUCCAGAUUUAAUCAAAUAAAUUGAUUACCAGUUAAUCGGAGUUUGGAAAGACUUAAGAGAAUCUUUCUAAAAAAUUAAUGAAGGUAUUGAAGACUAAGAUAUUAUAUAUUUGAAUUUAAUGAACUCUGGGCUAUCACCAUCAGAGUAUUCUUAUUCAGAUCUUGAAAUAUUAAUAAAUAUUUUAUAAACCGAUGAACUAAAUAACUGGAAUAAAUCAAAAUCCCAUUACUUCAAUUAAUCAUAAUAGGCUACUUUAAUGUUGAAAUCAGAAGUAGAAAAAUUAUAACAAUUUAUAACAGAAUAAUUUUAGGGAGUUUUGGCAUAUAAAAAAUAGUAAGAGUAUGAUGGUUUUCUGGAUGCCAAAUCUAAAUCAACGAAAACUAAAUGUCAAAUAAUAUACACUAAGUUUAAUGAAAUUUAGUAUAAAUGCAAUGGUGAAAUUCUUUAGACGAUUAUAAUUUAUGAUUUACUAAAUAAGCCACAAAUAAUUAAAAAUCUAGAUGUCCUCAAGCACGUUCAUUGGAAAGGUGAAUUAGGGAAUGAUUACAAGAAAGUAGGCUUAUGGACAGCAGAAUGGAUGGAUACAAAACAAAUAGUUUCUUGUGGUUCGUACUCUUAAAAUGGAAUGAAAUAUGGUUAUUGGAUAGAAAUGGUUAAAGAUUAUUUUCAAGAAAUGAAUCUUUUAGAAGUGGGCGAAUAUGUGAAUAAUCUGAGGCAAGGGACGUGGAAGUAUUGCUAUAACUUUGAAUAUAUGUAUUAAUUUUGA